AUGCCAUCCCGAAAAGACGUGGUUGAAUUUUUGAAGUCUCUCGAUCGUGACAAGUCAGGCACGGUGAGUGCUAAGGAGCUUCUGACGGCGUUCGAAGGCCACCAGUUUUCCGUGGACGAACUAAAGGCCUUCAUUGCAGUUCAUGACAAGGACGGCGAUGGAGAGCUCGACGUCGACGAGUUGGUCGCCUUCUUUAAUUCAAGCAAAUAA